CGCCUUGCAGCCACACUUUAUGCUGUCUCAUUGUAAACAAAUUCGGAAUUUAACUCUGGUUAAUACCAAAAAUGACCCCUGCACCAGAUAAACCCCGCGAAAUCGGCUUCGAUCGGCAAUUUUCAGUCGAUGUGAAUGGUGUGCCCACGGAGAUAGUGUUCCAUGGAUUCGCCAACAAGUGGUUCCUUGUGGUCACCCAACUGGGCAAGAUUCCCGGCUUCUACAACGUGCACUUCGAUGUGAAGCGGGAUGAGCGGGUGGUUCCCUACCUUCAUGGACCCGUGGAUAAUCCGGAAUUCCACGUUUCGGUGCCCAUCACGAUGAAUUGUUGCCUGGGCCUGGACACCGAUGAGACUCGCAGCGCCAUUCAAUUUUUGGUUAACAGAACCGGACUCCACAAGUGCCCCACGGAAUUCGUGCUGGGAUUGGGUCUCAAAGUGAUUGAUGGACCCCAUCUGAGAGCUUUGGCCAAGGUUCUGCAGGAGAUGGUUUUCUAGUUAACGUUUUUGUAAAUUAAUAAAAAAUUCCUGUAUGACAGCAAUAACCUUAUUGCUAUAUGAC